GCACGGUUACAAUGAGCUUCUCCAUCGGUCCGACUGAGAGCCAGCGUCAGUACCGACCUCCGAGCAGCAGACACACCGCCACAGACCCUGACCGACACCAGCUCCGCCCGCCCGCAGCAGGAUGCCCGGGGGAAAGAGAGGGCUUGUGGCACCGCAGAACACUUUUCUGGAGAACAUCGUCCGGCGUUCAAGUGAGACCAGCUUCCUCCUGGGAAACGCCCAGAUCGUGGAGUGGCCUGUAGUUUACAGCAAUGACGGAUUCUGCAAGCUGUCUGGCUUCCACAGGGCUGAAGUCAUGCAGAAGAGCAGCACAUGCAGUUUUAUGUACGGAGAGCUGACGGACAAGAAGACCAUCGACAAAGUCAGGCAGACGUUCGACAACUAUGAGUCCAACUGCUUCGAAAUCCUGCUGUACAGAAAGAACAGAAGUCCAGUGUGGUUCUACAUGCAAGUGGCUCCCAUCAGGAACGAGAACGACAAGGUGGUCCUGUUCCUGUGCACCUUUAAGGACAUCACCCUCUUCAAGCAGCCCAUCGAAGACGAAACCACAAAAGGAUGGACCAAGUUUGCGCGGCUGACACGGGCGCUCACCAACAACCGCAACACGCUACAGCAGCUGGCGCCCAUAGGCAAACACGAAGUCAGCCAUAAACAGUCCAGACUGGCGGAGGUUUUGCAGCUAAACUCCGACAUCCUCCCGCAGUACAAGCAGGAGGCGCCCAAGACGCCUCCCCACAUUAUCCUUCACUACUGCACCUUCAAGACCACCUGGGACUGGGUCAUCCUCAUCCUUACCUUCUACACCGCCAUCAUGGUGCCCUACAACGUCUCCUUCAAGACCAAGCAGAACAACAUCGUGUGGCUGGUGCUGGACAGCGUGGUGGACGUCAUCUUCCUGGUGGACAUCGUGCUCAACUUCCAUACCACCUUCGUGGGGCCCGGUGGGGAGGUCAUCUCCGACCCCAAGCUCAUCCGCAUGAACUACCUGAAGACCUGGUUUGUCAUCGACCUGCUGUCCUGCCUGCCCUACGACAUCAUCAACGCCUUCGAGAACGUGGAUGAGGGCAUCAGCAGUCUUUUCAGCUCCCUGAAGGUGGUCCGCCUGCUGCGUCUGGGCCGGGUGGCCAGGAAACUGGACCACUACCUGGAGUACGGUGCUGCUGUUCUGGUCCUGCUGGUCUGCGUGUUCGGACUGGUGGCUCACUGGCUCGCCUGCAUCUGGUACAGCAUCGGAGACUACGAGGUCAUCGACGAGGCCACCAACAAGAUCAAGAUGGACAGCUGGCUCUACCAGCUGGCUAUCGGCAUCGGGUCUCCUUACCGCUUCAAUGCCAGCGGUUCUGGCCAAUGGGAGGGCGGCCCCGGAAAAUACUCUCUGUACAUCACCUCUCUGUAUUUCACCAUGACCAGCCUGACGACCAUUGGCUUUGGCAACAUCGCCCCCACCACGGACGGGGAGAAGAUCUUCUCUGUGGCCAUGAUGAUGGUGGGAUCUCUGCUUUAUGCCACCAUCUUUGGAAACGUGACCACCAUCUUCCAGCAGAUGUACGCCAACACCAACCGCUACCACGAGAUGCUCAACAACGUCAGGGACUUCCUGAAGCUCUACCAGGUUCCCAAGGGUCUGAGCGAGCGGGUGAUGGACUACAUCGUCUCCACCUGGUCCAUGUCCAAAGGCAUCGACACAGAGAAGGUGUUAUCCAUCUGUCCCAAGGACAUGCGGGCCGACAUCUGUGUCCACCUCAACAGGAAGGUGUUCAACGAACAUCCUGCAUUCCGGUUAGCCAGUGACGGCUGCCUGCGCUCGCUGGCGGUGGAGUUUCAGACCACUCACUGCGCCCCCGGAGACCUGAUCUUCCACGCCGGAGAGAGCGUCGACACCCUGUGUUUCGUUGUGUCGGGGUCACUGGAGGUCAUCCAGGACGACGAGGUCAUCGCCAUCUUAGGUAAAGGCGACGUGUUUGGUGACGUCUUUUGGAAAGAAACCACGCUGGCGCAUGCGUGUGCCAACGUCAGAGCGCUAACGUACUGCGACCUCCACGUCAUCAAGAGGGAAGCCUUGCUCAAGGUGCUGGAGUUUUACACCGCCUUCGCCAACUCCUUCUCCCGAAACCUCAUCCUCACCUGCAACCUGCGCAAGCGGAUAAUUUUCCGCAAAAUCAGUGAGGUGAAGAAGGAGGAAGAGGAGCGUCAGCGAGCGAAAAACGAGGUGCAGCUCACCAUCCCGCAGGACCAUCCCGUCCGGAAGCUUUUCCAGAAGUUCAAGCAGCAGAAGGAGCUCCGUAACCAGGGAGCUGCAGCUGCCUCUCAGCUGGACCUGGAGAAGAACCGGCUGCAGGAGGAGCAGCACCAGCACCAGCACCUGCACCCCCACAGCCUACAGCUGGGCCACUCCAGCCUGCAGCACUCCCUGCCGCUCAGCCUGCAGCGGCCCCCCUCCUCCAUGCAGAAUGGGGCUCCGCCCAGCAGCAGCGUGCUGACCGUGUCUCAGGUCACGCCCAUGCAGAGCUCGCUGGCUUACAGCCAUCCCGGCGAGCCCCCGGUCAAGCAGAACAACUGUGAUAUCAUGGAGCUGCAGCCCAGCGCUGCCGGAGGGGGAGGUGAGCAGACUGUCAGGCUCAAAGUCAGCACCAGCCCUGCGCUGGCAAAGCCGGCCAUCAAGGCCACCGGCUGGAUGCGCCUGAAAAACAACAUGGCUCCAGUGGAGGCCAGGAAGGAGGGGCUGAACAACAACGUCAAGGCUGUUUCCGUGGAGAUGCUCUCACAGGAGGGUAAAGGUCAGGAAGCAGGAAGGAGCGGGGACGUAGAGGAGGGCGGGGUGUCCAGCAACAAUCCCCUCCGCAAGACAGACUCCUGCGACAGCGGCAUCACCAAGAGUGAGCUGCGGAUCGACCGGGCGGGGGAGGCGCGGACCCCCGCCGCGGUCACCCCCCUCCUCCACAGCCCUCUCCCCGGAGGAGCGGGGUCCCCUCACCCUUUCUGUCCCAUCCCUGAGCAGGCCCUGCAGGCUGCACUGCACGAGACCCGGCUGGAGCUCCGGGGGGACAUCCAGACUCUGGGAGGCCGUCUGGGCGCCCUGGAGAGUCAGGUCGCUGAGAUUAUCAAACUGCUGUCGGACAAGAAGAGAGUGUCCACGGGGGCGCCGUCUGCCUCCACCACACCCAAAACCAAAAUACACCGUCAGGACAUUUUCACCGUUUCCAGGCCUGUUUCUCCAGACUUAGAGAAGGACGAGGAGCUCUGAAGAGAGCUCAACCAGUGGUGUAGAGGGUGUGCUGGAAUAUACGGUGAUCACAUGACACAUUGUGACACUAUGAUCACAAUUAUCAGUUCAUGGUUACGCUUGUUUUUUGGCAUCCAGCUCCGACGGACCCGGCUACGCCACUGGUCUCAGUUCUCCGAGAUAAAAAAACUGGCUUCUUUAACAUUUGCACACUGACUUUUACCUCCAGGUCACGACAGAGUCCACACUCCACAGUGACCCGGAUCCCGUUUUUUUGAUUGUACAUACCUCUCUAUGCAUGUCCAGCUGGAUUCUGGCCUGCCAAAGAAACAACUAAACGUACUUAUUGCCUGUAUAUUAUGCAGUUGACUGCAUGCAAAUUGAAUUUAAAGAGAAGUGACAUUUUAUUGAGCUACACUGUACAUAUGAAUAUUUUUCAUUGAUAAUUUACUAUGUGGACAUUCAGGGUUUGCAUACUGGUAGCACUCUAAACAUUGAAUAACAAAAGGGUUUACUGGCAACGGGAUUGUGCAUGGAUUAUUUCUAAAUAGAGAAAGGGAUGGAGGUUUUAUUUUUUUCUUUGCUUGUGAGAUGAAAUAGGAGUUUGAUUCUGCUCUCACCUCGCCCUCUAAGAACACAAAUGUGAUGAAGCAGCAUCCCUCAACACAGGGGGGGAACUUUCCAGUAUGUUUUUAUAUUAACUAUUGAUUUUGCUUCUUAUAAUAAUUUCUAUUUUUGAUUACGGAACUGUCCUCAGCUUCUGUUUGAUGUCCAGUAAACCCUCAAAUGUUUAUUUUGUUAGGAUCCUCCUUGUGUCUAUGCAUCGCUCGGGUACGCCGCUAGAAUAUUCUGAAUAUUAUACCUUUGUUAUCUGUGAAUGAAGGACAUUUUUUUUGGUUCCAUUCCUCUGCAUGAAUCAGGGAUGGCAGAAUGCACUUUGGGUAAAGCUGGGAUGACGAGAAGGCUUUGGGGAAAUAACACAGAGUUUAGUUCACAUAAAAGUCCACUCAGCACAGUGACAUGUAAUCCCACAGCCCCAGCACCACACGGCAGUCUUAACCAGCGAGCGUCUCACUGAAGCCCGCUCUGAAUUCCAUUAAUGACAGCAGCUUCGCCGCAAAAAGCUCAAGUAAUAAAAAAUGGAAUACUGUACUUUUUAUGAUAUCAGUUUUCUAAAUCUGCAUGCAAAGGAGUAGUUUUAUGCUCCAGAGUGCGUACAUAUAUAUAAAUAUAUGUGUGUGUGUGUGUGUGUGUGUGUGUGUGUGUGUGUGUGUGUUUGUGUACAAGAGCUUACACACACACACACACACACACACACACACACACACACACACACACACACUUCCUGCAUACACAUGCUCAGUGUGACGGCGUCUCUUGAUGUGAACCCUGACGGCCCAGGGAGACUUUUUCUUCAUAGAAGACAGAUCAGUCGGUUUUGUCAGAAGUCAAGGUUUUUCAGGUCUUGUGAGAUUCAGACGCUGUCCCUCCUCACCCUGCAACACUCAUCCCACACACACACCUACACACACAUGCACCAUCAUUUUUAAUAAAGCGGAAUAAUAAGAAUAAGGCAGAACAUAGACGUACGGUAGCCAUCAUGGAAGCCUCGGUUGGUUUUAAAUGACUAGAUUCAUGUCAUUCCUUUAUAACGUUAUCAGCAGUGUGAGUGAAUGGACAGGUGACAGAAAACGGGCUAGUGUGGGAGGAAAAACGCACCAGCCAGAUGUGAAACAGAGGUUCAGGUCAUGUAACACAUCUUGCGGUGGCCAUACUGGAGGUCAUAGUAAGUUAACAGCCUCUUGGAUUCCUCGUGGGGGGCUUUUUAUGCCUUUAUUAGACUGUCAACAGGAGAGAGAUAGCAUUAAAAUCACCAACGCAGGAUUUGACCAUCUCAGUAGAAUUGUUUCUGAAAGGGCGGUACAGUGACAUAUUUCUAUAUCAGUCUAAUGCCAGGAUCUCACAGACAUACUGUGUCAGGAAAGAAAAUGUAACGCCUUUGACAAGUUUCACCGUUGGAUGCUGGAUGUUGAUAUUACUGAUCCAGGAAAGCUACUGGCCAUUCAAGGAAGACUGAUUAAUUAAUUUGUUCUACGUUGUAUUCUCCUGCAUGUAGACACAUCUACAUGCAAAUAUAACUAUAACUGUUCUUAAUGGCCACAUGAAGGCGAGACAAAAAGCCGGCCACAUUAAAAGAGAUGUGACCAACUGCACUGCACACAGUCCUACAUACAUCUCAGCAUUGAUAGAUAGGUGUGCAUGAGAAUCAGUGUGAUAAAUGUCAAUUGGCAUCAGUGUUUAGUUUUAAUGAUCAUACUUGAAAGAUGGGUUUUUCAUUCUUAUGAAAAAGUCUCAAAUAAAAGAAAACAUUAGUGUCUUUUACAAUUUGCUGGCGCUCAAAACUUCCCAACAAACUGAAAUUUAAACAUCCACCUUUUUCGAAGUCUGUCACGAUGUUGGACUCAUUCAGAUGAUGAGUAUUAAAAACUUUGUAAUGCUAAUUGGCAUAAAAUCACACCAGCUAAAGACGAGUUUAGAUGUGAGAUUUCUGCCACAAUAUGCUAAUCUGGUUUUUACUUUGGAACAUUUUUAAACAAACACACUUUUAUUGGCUUCUGUAGUGCAAAUGCAAAUUGAAAUGGAGAUUUCAUCCUGUGCACAGAAGCCCGUUUUCUGUACCAAUCUGCUUCACAUUCACUCUGUCACCGCUGGGUGUUUCUCAGUCCUUCUCUCUGCUGUCAGCCACUGAGCAGAUCCCCUGCAAGAAUCAGGGGACAAGUGCCUUGCUCAGGGGCACCUCAGCAGCAGUUUCAGGCAAUCUGGCCACUAUCUGUACUAAUUUAUGAGAGGAUUUCGAUGAUGGCUACCACCGUACCUGUACAUGCUUCAUAUCUCUUUAUCUUACUGACAUGUCACUUAUAUCAAAUAUCAUGCAAAGCUAUGCAACAUUUGAUUCUCUAAUAGUCGUAAAGAGGCUGAUUCUGAUGGACUUUUAUUGUUCCACAGUAUAUAGUGUCAAUAGGCAAGCCAGUAUUAGGGUCAUUAUUGCGAAUAUAUCUAUUUCAGGGUUUGUUUGCAUGUGUAGAUAAGACGAAAUAUCAGUUAUUUAUAUCUACCAACCAAAUGUGACACCCAAACUUACCAAAUGAUGAAUAGCAUAAAAUCAAAAUUAACUCUCUUUGUUUAGGGAAGGUUCAAUACUUGCCCCCCAAAAGUCUGGAUUAUAAUGACCAACAGGUCCAAAACUCCCACUUGAGUUCUUGACAGGAUACCUCUCAAACGAAUGAAUGACCGUUAGUUUCGGGUGUAUUUUAGAUUAAUGCCAACUUUCGCUAAAACUUGUAUUCAAAGUAAACUUAGAAACUGUUGACUUUCUUAGACUGAUUAAUUCUGAGUCUGACAUUUGAGUCUGAAAUAUCCUCAAACGGCCACUUCUUGAUCUCAAUAAACUUCACAUUGGCUUCCCUUAACCCUAACCCUAACCCUAACCCCUAAGGUCAAACUCAACAACACACAGGUUAAACAGGCUAAAAGAAAAAGAUCUUUACAGAUUAAAUUAAGAUAAUAACUAGAUAUGCUGUGAUGCCAACAAAACCUUAACAUGAGUUGUGUAGAAGUUGCCUCAGUUAACUUGCAUGAAACUUUGAAUGACGUAGAUACGCCGUGAAAUGCACACGCUUGUAUGAAGGUGCAGUAUAAAGGGUGACAAAGUCUGUGUAUGGAGGAUGGUGGGUCAAACAAACAGAAGACUUUCACCCAGGAGACCGCUCUUCAAGUCCCGUGUGAAAACAAAUGUCAACAUACGCUAAUUAACAUACUUGACUUCCUAAAACUAACCAAGUAGUUUUGUUGCCUAAAUCUUACCAUCAGCGAGCUUUAUUUUGAAAGUCUAACUGGACAUUAUUCACAGAUUAUUGCUAACUUUAGCAAGUCAGCAAUUAUUAAAUGCUUGCAAAGCUUCCAAAACUUUUCCAAAACUACUUUUAUUGAUUUAAUUUCAUGACUCGAUUUGAAAGAAACAUCCCCUUUAAUACACUUACGAUACACUUACUAGUAAUGUGUCUCUAAUGGCUAACUGGCCAAACAUAGACAGCAUUAUAUCAAACUGGGGGAGUGUAUUUCUACUACAGUUUGACAAAAGAACGUCUUCCCGUCUUACAGAUCUAACAUUAGGGUUUGGUCGCCUUUUCCUAAAUCGAUCAUAGACCAGUUUUUCCAGCCGCAAUAACAGAAAACAGACCAUAAUGCAAUGCAGUCCCAGCUUGUGUCUUUAUGGAUCUGCAGAUAGCACAGUGUGAGGGAUUGUGCUCUUUUUUGAUGAGGUUUUUGUAGUUUGACCAAGUGGGCACUCUCAUUUGGCAGCAAAGGGUCUUCUUUGGAAGAUGUUAAAAGCUUUUUGGGAAACCGGGAGAUCACUUACUGACAAAGCUGGAGGAAUAAUGUGCGCAGCAAAAAACGUAAAUUACAAAAUAACCCCAAGAAAGCAGCAGACGUUACAGAUUUAUUAUAUCUGUCUAAAUCUGAGAACCUCUGAGACGGAUUUUUCCUUCAUUUUGAUUCAUGCUGAUAGUCGCCUGGCACUACAGCUGUCAGUGAGAUCAUAUCAUGAUAGAGCUGAAGAUUACACCUAACAAAAACAAAAGCCAUAAUACAGGAUGAGACGUGACGGAGGGCAUCGAUCUACUUUUGUUCUGUAUCUGUUGGAGCAGUUAUUCUCCUCUUUCUGCAGUUCUAAAACUUUUUAAACCUUGAAACAGAAAGUUCAUUUCACAUCAUUUUCAGUCAGUGUAGGAGUCGCAUUGGAAAGCGUCCUUCAAAACUUUUCUGAAACUGACCUUUUUCCAAGAUGAGUGCGAUCAAUACGUUAUAUACAGUACAUAUGUAUUAUUAUAUAUUAUAUAAGAUUGUGCUUCUACACUCGGGUUAAAGUCAGGACCAGAACCUUCAUACUGGGAUUCUUGCCAGAAUCUACUUCCCACUGAGAAAGACACAGUGUGUGCAGAAUAAAUUGAAGUACUACCUUAGAGUUAUGUUAUCACAGUACUACGGUAGUUUAUUUUUCUACUUUUAUGCCAAAUUGACUGCUUAUAUUUAGGCUGUGUGGAAAUAUAUUAGAAAGAAACUUAUUUUUAAAUUAGAGUACACCCCUGAAUAACAAGAAAAUGUCUCCCGCAACUUAAAUCACCCAAACAGCUGCACAAAAUCUUCCCCAAACUGGCUGCAAGUAGUUCAGAUCUAGCCUAAUAACAUUUAAACUAAUUUAUGAACAUCAGGUUCAGGUUUGUUUUCUAUUGGUCUGUUUGGAUUGGAACCCAAGUUUUUAACCUAUGAAAGGACUUUCACCCAGGAGAGAGCUGUUCAAGUCCUGUGUGAAAACAAAUGUCAACUUACCCUAACCCUUAUAAUACUUAUAAUACCUAAACCUAACCAAGUAGUAUUGUUGCCUAAAUCUAACCAAACUGCGACCUCAGCAAGCUUUAUUUUGAUAUUCUAACUGGACGCUGAAUAUUUGUUAUUGUUUACUUGAAUUAAAAAUUGACACCGCCAUGAUGGACAUGUGUAUUACACAUACAUAUAUAUAAAUGUGUGUUUGCACGGUUUUUUUAAAUGACAAAAAAUGAAAUAAUACACAAGGAGAGUAAUAAUUGUAACAUUAGUGACUAUGAAGUCUGUAGUGUGCCACUGGAAUAACUAUAUAUUUCCAGUGUUUUCUUACCGUCAAUUAUAAGAAGAAGAAGAAAAAGACGAUGGUAAAUCAAUUGAUUAAAAAUUAAUUAAAAUUAUGUUUUACCCAUUAGCAUGUAAAGUUGUGUAUGUUGGCAUCAAUCUAAAAUAUGUUUCUUUUAGAGGUAUCCUGUCAGUAAAAACUCAAAAAUCUAAUCAUCAUUAAAUUUGCCAAUUAUUUCUAUUUCAGCUACUUUACUGCCCAUCAAAUAAAGUCUCACAAUGAAUUUCCUGUUAAUCAUGUUUUUGCUUUAAUUUAAAGACGUAUAAACAACGUGUCACCAAAAUAAACUGCAGUCACGGAGCAACAACCGGAGCUCUGAUUGGCUGGCUGCUGUGUUGACAGAAAUCUGUCCAAUCAGAGGUUCUGUUGUGAAUGAGGUAGUAAAUUAUGAAACAAAAUUUAUUUUAACAAAAUGUAAUUUAUCAGUUCAAUAAUUGGUUAUAAUUAAACACAUUAAAAGUCUAUAUUUUCUCUAGUGGUGUGCUCCAUACAUGCAGUGGCCCCAAAAUGAAGAUAUUUGAACUCAAACACAUUAUUUUAACAUAUUAGUAAAGAAUUAAAUAGAAAUAUAUAGAAUGGCAUCAGCAAUGUAUAAAUCCUUAGACAUUUUGUCAGAUACAUGUUUUUUUAUUGAAUUUAGAACUAUCAAUUAAAAUGUGGCCAUAAGGGAUAAUUUUUAAAUUAAUCUAAAUGAAGAUGUUACAUGCGUGUACAAUGCUGUGGCACGAGUUCUUGCAGCAACAAGUCUUCAGUGAGAGUAAUAACUCGUGCUGAGUACGAUUUACUUUAAAUCCACAACUUCAGAUUUGCAGUGCAGUGAUUCUUUUUAAAAAUCUAACGAAAGCGCUCCCUCAGCAGUUAAAGUCCAGGAUGAGGUGCGGGACGCGGGGACUCCUCCGACGGCUUUCGACUGCGUACCGAGUUUGAGAGUUUUCCUGUCAGCAAACUCAGAGCUCAGCCUCUUCUUUAUUAAUUUGACAAGAGAAUGAAGGGCACCUCCUGUGAUCUGAGCCCUGCACACACACACACACACACACACACACACACACACACACACACACACACACACACACACACACACACACACACUAACACACCUUUCAGCACAGGAUUUUUUGGCUUCGCCACUUGAAUGUACAACAACCCCUCCUUCAACCACCGUCCCCUCUCUCUGCUCUCCCAGCAUUUUCCCUGGGAGCAGAGGUGAUUUCUUUGUCUCCCUUUUGUUUCUCUACUUUCGGGGGAAGAACUCUCCUCUCUCUACUUUUUGAGGAGGUCCUCUUCCGUCCUGUCUCUCUUUGAAAAACACCUCUUUCUUUCUCCUCUAGGGUCUCUUCUCUCCACCUUUCCCCCUCUCUGAUCCUCCUUUCUCUCUUUGACCUCCUCCAUCACGCUCUCCUCAGCAUGUCGACGAUGUACAGUCUGUCUACGUCGUGCUGACUGACUGAGACCAUGAAUCCACCUCUCUGGGGACGGGUGGGUGCGACCGCGGGGCCUCAUUUAUUCAAAUUAUCCUUUGGCUUGAUUCGAUUCCACAUAUUGCAUUGAAGAUGACACUAAAAGAAAUGGAAGUCAUUUCCCAGAUAGUGAUAGAAUUCUUUAUUGUUUCACUUAUCUCAUCGAGGCAACCUGCACAAUUUUCUCACCAGGAUUAAUUUUUCAUCAAUCUCAGCUUUUGCGCCGAUUCAGUCUUAAAGCUUUGGAUGCUUUUAAUAAACGAGGCCCUUUAAGGAAAAGCUUCUCUCUGUUUUUUCUACUGGAAUGUUAUCAAUUUCUACUGUUUUGUUAAAGCAACGGUCUGGGAGCAGCACUGAAGUCCCACACUGACUCAUGUAUUGUUUUACAGUUGCACACCUAAACUGUAGUGUGAGAAUAAUAAACAGCCGUCUGGGAUACUCUC